UUCAACAAAUUUAUAACAUCAUACCUCAAAUUGAUCCCAAAUUUCUUCCACAAAUAUAUAAAAUCAUUACUAACAUAGUUAAUCAUACAAAAGAAGAAAAGGUGUUUCAAACCAUUCGUAAAAUGCCAGAACCACAAAACAAAAAUGCAUUAAAGCUAAUUGAGUUAAUACGAAAUCCAAAAGGAAAACAUAAAAAUGAAAUCAUCUCAGUUUACCUUCAAAAGAAAGCCUUUGAAUUUAUCACAGAUCUCAGUAAUCAUAAAAAUUUUAUCGAAUCGUUAAAAACUAAGAAUGCAAAUCUAAAAUCAGUAAACCAAAAAUUAUCAAAGAGUAAUAAAAAACUAAUACAUAAGGUUCAGUCCAUAAGUAGUUCAAAUCGGCAUCUCAAUGAUAAAGUGGAAAAGCGAGUUUCAACUAUAAGAUCAUUAAUACAUAA